AUGACAGAUGGGCAAGCGACAUCGUUAUUUAGUUCCGAUCGUUUGAUUGGUCUCGAAGAGAUUGAGUCAGGAUUCGAUGUGAUAAAUAUGGUCUCUUUAGCAGAGUCGGAAUCCCGAUUUCGAAUAUUUGAUUUGAGCGAGACUGGUUCCAAUCAAUUCCAAGUUUCUGUGCUCGGACAACAACGUAUGUUCAAUACUCCACUUAAUGUACAGGUGACCAAUAUCAAUACACGUCGUGUGAUCAAUUGUGAAGAUUUGUCGAAUGACUAUAAACACUUCUAUUCAAAUUAUUUCCGAUCGACAAGAAGCACCUCGACGUGGUCUGCUGUCAUAGUUGGCGGAAGUACUAGCCGUCAUGAUACCUUACGAAAAAUAGAGGAGGCCAUUAAUAAACAGUCCAAAGCGGUUGCUACAUCAACUUCUUGGUGGGGCCUUUAUUCUAUUCAAUUGGGACCACCUUUCUUUAUCCAACUCGAUCCUAUGUUCAAUGCAAGUAUGUCGGCUAUUAUAAAUAAACAACAUGUUCCGCGAACUGAAUCAGAGCAAACGCUGUACAAUAUUCUCUUACAAACAUUUGGUACUCAUUAUGUGAUGCAUGUGGUCGUUGGUGCCACCGCUCACAUGUACACUUUAAUAAACAGUGCUUUCACAAAAUCAGCGACAUUUGAAGAAACUGCGACGGAAGUCUCCAAGAUGAGCAAUUCAUUUUUCUUACCUAAGAUUGUACCGAAAUCAAUGCACAGCAUUAAGGAGAGUCUCUCUGAAUCAUUUCGAAAAAACUCUCGAUUUUUUGUUGAAUAUCAACCACCUGUUGCACUGGUGCCUGGUAAAACCGAAUGGCAAUCUUGGCUAGACAAUGCUAUUUUAACUCCAGUGGUUGUCAAUCGUACACUUACCCCAUUGUCCAAUAUAUUCAAUCGUUAUCCACUCAUUCGAGCUCAUUUACGGCAUACAAUAGACCACUACUUGAGACAUGGGAAAUAUCCCAAACUUGCUGAACUCAAUCGAUAG